CAAAUAUUAUUUCCUGGACGAAAACGAGAGAAUUUAUAAACUGAUGAGUGUAGUAACAUCAUUUUAAAUCCAUUUUAUUUGAAUUGGCAUUUCACAUUCCAAUGGCCGAUGCAGCGACCCAACCUUUGAAGGAGAUUGCGAUCGACUACACCCCCGAGGCCUGUUCCCACUGCGCCACCUCCAACACCAUCACCCUCACCUACGACCACCGCGGCGGCGCGCGGUGGCGCACCGCAUCCCGCUUCCGCUCCGGUACGUUCUCCGCCCUCAUCCGGUGUCCCUCCGGCGACACGAGCGGCCUCAACUUCAACCUCUACCUCUCCUCCCUGGAGGGCGACAAGUCCCAGGACGAGAUCGACUUCGAGUUUCUGGGCCGCGACAGGACCAUCGUACAAACGAACUUCUACUCCGAAGGCGUAGGAAACAAGGAGAGGAUCCACCAUUUAGGGUUCGAUGCUUCCGAUGGGUUUCAUGAGUACGUGAUUGUGUGGGGGAGCGACGCGAUCGAGUGGCGCGUGGAUGGGAAGGUGGUGAGGAGGGAGGAGAGGAAGGAGGGGGAGGGGUUUCCGGAGAAGGCUAUGUUUUUGUACGCUUCGGUGUGGGAUGCAAGUUGGGUUGCUGAAGGGAAGUGGUGUGGGAAGUACUGUGGGGGUGAUGAGCCUUAUGUUUGUGUCUACAGGGACAUUCGUGUUCCCGUUGGAACUUCUGUUGUGGAUUGAGUAUUCACCUCUUUUUUAUCGAUAAUUUUUCUCCUUCUAAGAGACAUUUGGAAGCUCCAAACAUAAAUUAAAUUACAUUAUACUUACUUUCAAGUAAACUUAAGUUUACAUAGUUAAGUUCAACCAAACUUUGCCGUUUCAAAUGCGAUGGUACAAAGUCCAACACACUUUCACCACAGAAGCAAGAAAGAUGAUGUUAUCUGGAAACAGAGAUUGAAUGUAAAUAGAGGUUGGAACCGGGCAUCCAAACACACGCCAGUAGUUCCGUUUGUUUGCUUCUUCAGGAUGUAAUGGAUUUAUCUGCACCCUGCUCUAUUUGUUUGUGGUUUGGGCUUUAGCCCUCCUUUAUAACAAAAAAUAAAAAGGUUAUGUGAUUGAAAAACAA